AUGACAGGGCUCGUCUCAAAACUCAGCAAAGGUAUUGACUGUACCUCCGUAGGCCACUCAGCACGCGGAGGUUUGUGGGCGGCUCUAGAGAGAUUCAGCAGGUAUAUCGUGGAAGUUCAGAGGUUGGCGGGCUCAUUUUCAGACUUUUCGCGAUACUAUUGA